CACUGACGAAUCCCUCCCAUCUUCCAUCUUCUGUCACAAAAUGCAGUUGAUCAAGUGGCAGUGAAUAUUUUUCCUAAAUCUCGACGACAAAACACCUUUUCCAAACCUCAUCAUCGUCCCUUCUUUUCCCGCAGUCUCCACUUUUCUCCCUCCGCGAUAAGCCGAAUCGCAACAAUAUGCCACUGCGCGACAAGCUCCAACGCCAGCAGAAGGGAUCCCUCACCACCAGCCCUCCAACCAACCAAGCAACCCAACAACAUGCAGCGCCCACCACCCCAGUCAGCAACCCCAGCGUCCCGCACUUUACCUUCAUUCGCACCGACACGACCACCCAAGAAGUGAUCCGCCCACCCGUCUUCGACGGCGAUGCCCCGGACCCGGACCCGGACCCAGACCCAAACCUACCAGCAGCCGCCGCCGCCGCCGCCGCCGCCGCAACCUCGACGCUCUCCCCCGUCUCGCCCCCGUCCCCCUCCUCCUCCUGCUCCUCCCCGCAGCACCGUAAAUCCCGCCUCAACCCCUUCCGCCGAUCGCGGGCCGCCUCGCAGUCCUCCGGCGUGACCUCCCCGCCACGCGCCCGGGGCGAAGGCCGCCUGUCGCAUCUGCUGCAUCUCGACCGCGGCGGCGGCGGGGUGGGCGGCGGCGGGUCGCGGAGCUCGAGCUCCUCGUCCGUCAACAUCCCGCGCGACCUGCCGCAGAUCCGUACGAGCAGCCGCCGAGGCGACGACGCGCAGGAUGUGGAGGCCGAGUGGGAGCGACGCGCGACGGUGCUGGUGCAGCGGAACCCGCAGUUCGCGGCUGCGUGUCUGUCGCCGACGAGUGCGCCGUCGGGGUUCGGGAUGGGGAUGGAUGGGGCGGCGUCGCGGUCGCGGAGCUCGAGUCGGAGUCGGAUUAAUGACCCGGAUGGUGAUGUGAGUGAUUGUCGUGGAUGGGGGGGAAAAAGGGUUGUGUGGCUGAUUAAGGUGCGAAUAGGUGAAUAUUCAAGAGGCGAUUCGACUACAUGAGGCUGGAGGUAUGUUAUCCGCUUUUGGGCGGGGUCGGGUGUCUGUUUUUAUCAUUUGCUGAUUGGAGGGGGGGAGGGGUGAUAGAUCUGGAACGAUCUACGAAGAUGUUCGGUCACUUGGCGGACCCGGACGGGCCCAACAAUGCCCUCAGUCAAGUGCUGUAUGGGCUUGCACUUCGGUGAGUGAGCACUCUUGCUUUGUAGUUGACGGGUUGGGCGAAGCUGCAGCGGUGCUGACUCCGGGCGGUUCUUACAGACACGGCUGGGGAUGUGAGCCCGACCAGGACAAGGCAGUUAGCUAUCUGUCAGCGGCAGCGGCCAACUCGGCGUCGAUCGAGUCCGAGGCG